UUUUGCUGGUUGUGUGUUUUUGUGGAGGGAGGUCCUGUAGAUACACUGAAGGUCUCUGAUAUACAGUAUGAUGAAGGACAUAUUAACUCGUUGAAGAGUGGACAGCCUCAUCUGAGAAGACCAAGUGAAACAGUGCUGGAUUUUGAGGGAGAUGACGCUGUACAGGAGGGGGAUCUCUUACUACCUAGUGACAGGAACGCAGUGAAGCAACUGUGGGCCGGGGUGGAUGGACAUUUAUCAGUCCCUUAUGAAAUUGAUUUUGUUCUUGAGGACAGGACUGAAGACAUUCUUAAAGCCUUAAAUAUGAUCUCUGAGAAGACCUGCAUCCAGUUCCUUCCACAUACUAAUGAAACUGACUACUUGCACUUUGAGUACAGCAAUGGGUGUGCGUCUUACGUCGGCUGUAUGGGGGGUGAGCAGCCAGUUCUGAUUGGGCCACUCUGUAAGGUUGGGAACAUCUGCCACGAGAUCCUUCAUGCCCUCGGCUUACACCAUGAGCAUUCCCGCUUUGACCGUGGUGAUCAUAUCACUAUAGUUUAUGAGAACAUUGUGCCUGGGAAAGAGGACAAUUUUAUGAAGAAAGAAGGGAACACUCUCGGUCUGAAGUAUGAUCUGGGAUCAAUUUUGCAUUAUGGAGACAAUUAUUUCUCUAGCAAUGGAAAACCUACAAUUCUGCCCAAAGAGAGCGCGGUAAAGAUCGGCCAGAGGGCUUACUUGAGUGAUCUGGAUGUGCAAAAGCUCCGGAAGCUGUACCACUGUGAUAAGACAGAAGAGGACCGAGCAGCAUCAUGAUUCAUCCAACUGCUCUGUUUGACUGUCUCGAAUGGUUUCUUUAUCACAGAGGAGUUCUGAAUCUAAGAGGAUAAAUAAAGAUUUGCCAAAGGAAGUACCUGGAGGAUGUCAUUCUUUGCUAUAAAGACACCUUUCACUUUCAGCAAUUUUCUAAAGCAAAGAAAGUCUUUGGAAGGAUUACGCUAGGAUACAAGUCUACAUCAAAGACUGCUUUGCACUUC